UAUCCAUUGGAAGAAUUUGAGAGAAUUCGAAGAUGCCUGAUCCAGUCAAAGCACCGAAGAAGGGCUCCAAGAAAGCCGUGUCCAAGAGCGUCACCAAGACCGGCAAGAAGAAGAGAAAGCCCAGGAGGGAGAGCUAUGCCAUCUACGUGUACAAGGUCCUGAAGCAGGUCCACCCCGACACCGGCAUCUCCUCCAAGGCCAUGCAGAUCAUGAACUCCUUCGUGGGCGAUAUCUUCGAGCGCAUCGCCGGCGAGGCCUCCCGCCUGGCCCACUACAACAAGCGCUCCACCAUCACCUCCAGGGAGAUCCAGACCGCCGUCCGUCUCCUGCUCCCCGGUGAGCUGGCCAAGCACGCCGUGUCCGAGGGCACCAAGGCUGUGACAAAGUACACCAGCUCCAAGUAAACCCGCUGUUUGCUUUAACCACUUAAAGGCCCUUUUCAGGGCCACCCACUGCCUCUUCUAAGAGCAGUAGUCUUCCUAAGAAGUGUUAACAAUGAACAAACUCCAUUUAUUUUAGUGACUAAUUUCUGUGAAUAGAAAAUGACACUUUCUCCAUUGGACAUAAUUCAGAUAUUUAAUUUAUUUUUUUUUAAAAGUGGAAUAUGUAUUUUAUAUUUAGUGGAAACACAAGAUGUGUAACUACAGGUUAAUUUACCCAGCAGUGUAUAAAUAAAGAGUAGCUUCCCCAUCAGUGAUUUCCAUGCAUUGGUCAUGGCUGUAUUACCCUGAAACGAGUAUCGUCACAUUCACUACGCUGAAGCUGUGGGAGCAGGAUCUCUGAUCAAACUGCUGCUUCUACUCCCGUCGAUCGGGUUAUUUCUUCCACCACUGCCCGAUAUACGAACGGGAGACUCUAAGCUACGUUGUCUGUGGCUCAGGUGGAUCCUAUGUUUGUCUUCACUGGGACCGUGUACAGUCUGUAAUAAAACUAUUUACUUAUGGAUAAUGCUUGACUCAGUUCCAAAUGAAACACUAUAACCUACUGAUAAAUGGCGUUUCUUUGUCCAUCUUGUGAUUCCGUUUCAUGCGGUAUUGCAGAUUUCAGUCGGGACAGAAUUUGGGGGAUGUAUUUGCACCCGUGUACAAGCGCAGGCAAUGGUCCCUAGUGGGUUUAUUACAGCGCGUUAAAUUAAAGGAGUAGGAGACUGUGAUUCAUCCAGGAACAACGAGAAAAAACUAAAAUAAAUGUUACAGUUUGGAAAACGGCACUUUGAUGAAAAUCACGUAUGUCAACAAGGAAGAACAAUCUGUGUUUACGUUACUGUGUCUAACACCUGGACACGUGUUUCUAUGAAGUCGAUGAUCUGAGAAACUUUUAAUUAUUUCCCCCAACUUCCAUUAACCGAUCCUACCAAACCAGUACACGGAGCGAUGGUGAAUAAUAAUAUGGAACAACGUGGAACAUGUGGGCAAUAUCGGAUACGUUACAGUAAAUCCCGGUUUGAUGUGGCCUGUUGUAUUAUGGAAUCUCCUGCAACGCAAAGUGGGAAACUUAACACAGGAACAUGACGUGAGCAACAGACAUGAACACAAUCCUCGUUAUGGAGAAAUAUUAUAUACAAAAAAGCCAAAUGUAUGAAAAUGGCGGCGACUUUAAAUGCUCUUCAUAACACAUUUUCAGUUGUGGCGUGAAUCCCCGAAAUGUCUGGAUCUGCAACUGCUGAAAUGUGUGUAAAUCUGUACAAAUGAAUAGAGCUUGAAUGUACUAACUUUGAACUAACCUGUAAUUUAAACUGAGGACCAAUUGAUUAAUUCUUUUAUGUAUCAUUUAUUGUAUUGAUUAAUUUUUAGAUUAUUUACAACUCAUGUUCUUUAAUCCAUUUUCUUGCUUUAUUUUAUAUGUUUGUUUCUUCUUACUGGACACAAGCCAAUGAUUUUCCCUGGUUGACCUGCCUUG